AUGGAGGACGAGACCAACGCCAGUGCCUACGAGAAGGAGGUUACCCGUCUCUGGCGCGCCUGGCGGACCGUCCACGAGAUGGUUCAGGACCGGGGCUACGAACUCGCCGAUGAGGAGGUCAAAAUCUCUCUUGAGCGCUUCAAGGCCGAGUAUACCAACGAGGAUGGCAGCCCCAACCGCGCAAAGAUGCAAUUCUCCGCUCGCCCCAGCGAAGCAAUGAUCAAGAAGUUCACCCCUCCACCGACCCCUCAAAACCCCGACCCGCAACCGGAGUGCGGCACGAUCUGGGUUGAGUUCUGCCCGGAAAAGACCUCGAUCGGCAUUAGCGUGAUGAAGAAGUUUGUCGAGCACUGCGCCCAAAACAACUUCAAGGCCGGCAUUCUGGUUACCGCUGUCGCCCUCUCCUCGCAAGCCCGCAAGGUCAUGACCGUCACCUCGCAGUUCACGCUCAUUGAGUGCUUUCUCGAGGAGGAUCUGCUCGUCAACAUUACGCACCACGAGCUUGUGCCCAAGCACAUCCUGCUCAGCCGCGAGGAAAAGGCCGCGCUGCUGAAGCGGUAUCGCCUCAAAGAGACACAGCUGCCGCGGAUCUUGUCCAAGGAUCCGAUUGCAAGGUAUCUGGGGCUCAAGCGUGGGCAGGUGGUCAAGAUUAUUCGAACGAGCGAGACUGCUGGGCGCUCUGGUGCCGACAUUUACCUGGCUGACUGCGGUACCGGGUGGAUGGCACGAGUGUUGAGCAAAGAUGCUUGCUUCAGCUUAAUCAAGGACAACGACUUACCCUCCACAUCGACAAUAGGACAGUUCUCAACCCACUUCACCACGUGUACCACACCAGGCUGGUAUACUUCUACACAGACAUCUACUGUUUCAACCGUAAUUGUCUUCUUUGUCAACAAUACCUCCGCUACAGUAGCUACCACUACCAUUGUCGUACCCAUUACCCAGUCCAUCGUCGCUGCCACGCCGUGGAGGAGAACCACUUCUACUGUCGAGACCCAAUCCAAGCUGUCCGCCUCUUCCCAAAGCUUAUCCGUUCCGCUUGCCAAUGUGCAGGGUACCAGCCCCAAACCUUCACCCGUCUCUGCUACCAGUCCCCCGCGAACAUUUAUCACCAUCGAAAUCUUUACCCAAACCAUCCCAAUCACGUCGACCAUCACACACGGCAUCACUUCAACUCAGAUGGUGCUCCACAACAUAACCGCCACAAGCUCAUCCACCACAAUCUCCCUCAUCCCCCUAACCGCAACCAUCACAACAACCGUCACCAGAACAGUAGCCUCAACCCAAAUCCACACUCAACCAGCCUGCCUCUCCAGCGACACUGUUGGGUCCUUCAUCCCGAUCCUCUCCCACUUGAACGGCACCGACAUCACCAUGAUUAGUCUAGGGCGGUCCCUAACCUUCACGCCCAUCCCCUCCUGGAUGGUGAGCGGCUUCCUCAAUAAUAUAGCCUCCUUCUUCGACCCCUCCGACCGACUCUACAAAUGGGACCAAAACCCACAGUUCUUCGCGAAAUUGGUGAGAAAACAUAUGAGGAUUAAGUAUGAGAACUGGACGGAGGGGAUCAUAAGUCUCGGGGAAACGGCGUAUGUGAGGGGUAUGUGUGGAUUCCGCGACGAAGGUGGCGCAUCUCUGGGCGGGUAA